AUGACAGAAGAAACCAUCGCGAUACCCAUUCAGGAAACAUCCGGUAUAAUACUUAAUCCGGAGGAGGAACGAAUUUUAAAUGAUCAAAUUCGAACGACUGAAAAAAAAGAAUCAUAUUUUACUUUAUAUCGGUUCGCUACAAAAUUUGAUUGGAUGAUUAUGUUUAUUGGAUUAGUAUUUUCAGCGGGUGCAGGUGCUGCCAUGCCUACAGUAACCAUAAUUCUCGGAAAAAUGAUCGACUUUUUUACUCGUUUUCAACUUCACAUAAUGACCAACGAUGAAUUUUCUGACCAAAUAAAUUCCCACUCAUUAAUUUUUGUAUACCUUGCAAUUUUCAUUUUUUUUGCUACGUAUAUAUCUAUUUCUACUUGGGCAUAUACUGGUGAAAGAAUUACUCGACAAAUUCGUGAACGAUAUCUUCGCGCA